AUGCUAAAGUUGCUUGUUACAGCUAUAUUAAUACCUUUAUGUUCUUCCAAUUAUAUUUCUGAAUUGGAAAAUGAAGUUACUAUUGAUGAGAUUGGCACUUUUAACAAUUUUCAACGAUUUGUUGAGUUGUAAGUGUAAAAUAAGUUUUUUUCUGGGUAAAAUACGGUAAUGUAUGUUGAUUAAUGUCGUUUGGCAUAGUAUAUAUGUAUUGCAAGCUAAACAUUUAUGGGUACUGUUAGUGGAUAUAUAUAGGUCUAAAAGUUAAUAUUUCAAUUUUAGAAACGGCAAAAAGUACAAGACUGUAGAAGAAGCUCGUGAAAGAUAUGCCAUCUACAAAACAAACCUAAUCCAAGCCCAAUUACAUCAACAACAUGAGCAAGGCACAGCUGAAUUUGGUGAAACUAAAUUCAUGGAUCUGACUUCAGAAGAAUACGAAAAACAAAUUCUGUCAGAAAUCAAAAACAAUCCUCUGAAAGCUUCAAGGAAACUGACAGAAGCAGAGCUAAAACAAUAUGAUGUAAGUGAUAUUGAAGCGUUCGAUUGGAGAGACAAAGGCUAUGUCAAUCCUGUGAAAGAUCAAGGAAGUUGUGGAUCAUGUUGGGCCUUCUCUGUGGUCGGAAACAUUGAAGGGCAGUGGAAACGAAAGACAGGACAGCUGGAGAGACUGUCUGAACAAGAACUGGUCGAUUGUGAUUGGAAGGACUUUGCUUGUAAAGGAGGAGAAAUGGACUGGGCUUAUGGGUAAGAGUUACUUAAGAUAAUAUAUCUGUUGGGGUUUGUAAAAAAUGUACAAUUUUAAUAUUUUUAUUGAAGAAUACGUUAUCAUAGCUUUCAAGGUAAAGCAAAAGAAAUUUUUUUGAAAUUUUUUUUAAAAUUUUUAAAAUUUUUUAAAAUUCAGUGAAAUCAUUCGAAUCGGCGGUCUAGUGUCCGAAAAAGACUACGAGUACGUUGGAGAGAAAUGCUUCUGUCGUGUCGAUGAAUACCCCUUCGUUGCCUACAUCAACGGCUCUCUUCACCUACCUGACAGUGAGAAUGUGAUCAAAAACUACUUGUACUACAAUGGACCGCUUUCUAUUGGUCUCAACGCGAAAACCUUACAGUACUACAAGAAGGGCAUUCAUCAUCCCUGGGCCGUGUUUUGCAAACCCGAUAUUAACCAUGCCGUGCUGUUGGUUGGAUUUGGCGUUGAGAAGGGGAAUCCUUAUUGGAUUCUGAAGAACUCGUGGGGAGACUGGUGGGGUGAAGAUGGAUACUUUAGGCUGUAUAGGGGGAAGAACGUUUGUGGCAUUUCACAGUACGCUACGUCUGCUAUCAUUCAUUGA